UCCAGUACUUGGACAGCACUGGGUGACAAAAGGUUUAGCUCAAGCACCGUCCAAUGUACAUAGAGAUUCGGGAUCCUGAAGCUCUUGUGCUAUUUGGCUUUGCUCUCUGGUCUCUGCCCCGUCUAGCUACCUCCCCUAUCCGCCGCGCCUGCAAGCCUCGCCUUCGUCGGCGUCUUCCUCGCUCAGUCUUCACCGCAGGAACAGUGGCAUGAGGGCGGGGCGGCCCAAGAUCGGCGACCAGGCGACCAGCGACGUGGUGGUGCGGCUACGGACGCCGGAGGGCCGCGACGAGUGGCUCUACUGCCACUCCACCGUCCUCGCCGCGGGCAGCACCUACAUCGCCGACCGCCUCUCCGAUGCCUGGCCGACGUGCCAGAUCCUCGGCUCGCGCUAUUGCGUCGAGGUCUACUGCCAGGAGCUCGACCUCAGCUCCCAUGUCACCGCGCUCCGCCUCCUAUACGCCGCCGAGCCCUGCUCCCGCUUCGGCGUCCGCGGCGCGCUCGGCGUGCUCCAGGCCGCCGUGAGCCUCGGCUGCGCCCAGAUCGCCGCCGCCUGCGCCGGCUACAUCGAGGCCGCCCCCUGGGACGAGGCCGACGAGGAGGAGAUUCUGAGGACCGUCCCCUGCCUCGGCGCGCAGUACGAAUGCAUCCUUGCGCGUCUCCGGCCGAUCGAUCCGGCUCCGGUGACCCGCAUCUUCCUUUCGGCGUUCCGGCACGCGACGCGCUCGUCGGCAGCUGGUCCGGCGCGGGAGCUCAAGUCUGCAGCUCAGGAGCAGCUUGAGUAUAUGCUCACCGAAGAUGACGACGCACCAUUGAUAGCCCUUGACAACGUCAAUGUCAAGUCUCAGGUGAAGGGUUGUGUCACUGGUUUGCUGAGCAGGUUCAGUGAUUUCCUGAGUUCUAUACUGACGAAAAAUAAGGAAACAUCUCUUGUUGGUGACAUCGGCGAACUUCAGCUGGAGCUGCAUACUUUUGUUUGUGACGUCUCCUGGGCCUGUCAGAUCUUGAGCAAGCUUGAGAUGAUGAAGUGCAUUGUUCUCUACUGGGUUGGAGUGUCGUCUGAUGUGGUUGAAGCUAUUGAUGCAGUAUGCCCUGGGUAUGACUGUCUGAAGACCAGGCUGAAGGUGGUAGAGGUGUCUGCAAAGGUACUGGAGGCCGCUGCGUUUGGCAAUAUUGUUCUUCCAACUGAGAAACGUCAUCAUAUGGUGAAUGUCUGGAUUACCUUCGCAAGGACAACAAAGUCUUUGAUUGUUCAGGCCAAUCACGAUGAUGAUGACGGUGAUGCCGAGACACCAAAGGCAAACCUGGACAACGAGGUCUGGCAGUGCUUGGAGUCAGCAAUCGUUUCAAUUGUGCUGACACUGCCGUCGAAUAGUCAAGCUGAGAUUUUAUCAGAAUGGCUCCAGUCGAAGCAUGUCCGAUAUCCUGACUUGACAGAGGCAUUUGAAGCCUGGUGUUAUAGAUCGAAGGUUGCCAAAAGAAGGCUCUCUUUCUUGAGCAACAUCGAUCGGGUAUCUUGAUUCUUGACUGUCAGACUUCUCCUUAUAGGAUUGAGUGUCUGCCUUUCACUGAAACAAUCAUCAUGGAGUUCCAUUGUUAUGAUUCCAACUCACCACUGAUGAUCAGUUUUGUUGUCAGUUAAUUUUUGGUGGAUUAUCUCCCCUUAUGAACUUACAUUGAGCAUGUCUGAUGGAAUGCGCAGCAGUAGACACCACUAUAGAGAUGACAGAAUAUCCUGGUCAACAUACCCAAGUCAUGGUCUGUCUAUGUGUGAUUGAAGCUAUGCUGCAAAACCGGAAUAAGCACUGCUGUGGUUGACAAAUGGCCAGAGCAAACCAGAAAUACCUGAACUGGACGAGUCCAUCGCCAUUUUUGUUAGAAGACGCUCAGAUUUCAAGCGAGAUGCUGGAGGCAGAGCCGCAUGGGCGGUGCAGAAAACGGCUCUUGCUGCCGGAAUGGGCGAUCUCAUAUCUGUGGUCACUGUUGGAAUUGGCAAUAUCAGUAUAUCACAGUACAUGACCUGAAUCUUGAUAACAUCAAGUGCCCGACUCUUGACAGGCGGGAGGGCAACCAUAUAGGAGAUUACACAAAGUCCCUCGCUGGACUAUGCAACAGUCUGUGAUUAAUAGGGCAUCAUUUCCUGCUUUUGGAAAAGAAGCUAGCUAGUAAUAAGUUGGUGUGAUCAGUUAACCUUGUCCUUGAGAAAGGAAUCGGGGAUUGGUUGUGUGACAUGUUAAUUGUUCGGGUGUUAAUCAUGAGCAUCCAUGUGCCUGCCUCUUUUGUU